GGGGAAUCUGGGGCAGAUGGACGGCACUUUUACCGAGGCACUUCACAUGGCUGGAGCGUCAUUGGCUUAGUGCGUGGACCGCGCCAUGCCGAAAUCCAGGCUAUUGAGAUGAGAUGUACCUAUCUAUUCCUCCUGACACUUUCACCUCAUCAUCAACAAUCCACCAUUUCGACAUUUUCGUCUCCUCCAUCCUCGCACCGUUUCUCCUUUCUUCCUAUUCACGGCAUAUCACACGAAAUAUAGCAUUAAUCGACGGCGACGGCGACAGCAUAGGAUUGACACUGCUACGGGCAGCGGCAAAGCAACGGCAGCACCAUCAUCAGCAGCUUAGCAAGCCGCCGCCAUGGAGUUCAUCACGGCCCUCAGGGGCACCUUCGACGGCCAGAAGCCCUCGCUUUUCGAAGUUCUCUCCGAGCAGCAGCUCAACAGCCUGCUACCGCCGACGCUGCGAUACCUCCUGACCGUCGCCACGCACCGCCAUCCGCGAUACCUCCUCCGAAUCCUCAACUCCUUCGACGAGCUAUACGCGCUGUUGAUGCUUGCCGUCGAGCGUCACUAUCUGCGCACACGUGGUGGCUCCUUCACAGAGAAUUUUUACGGCUUGAAACGCGAAAAAGCGCUUCACGGCGAGAUCCCGAGAGCAAGCCUCGCCGCGCCGCAUCUGGUCCGCGAGACGCUGAAGCUCACAACCAAGGAUGUGUGGCAGAACCUGGCCGUGCUAGUCGGCGUGCCGUAUCUCAAGCGGAAGCUGGACGAGUCAUACGACAUUAAUGCGCCCCGAGCGCUUCUGGGCGCGGCAUACACGCGGAUGCCCGAGAAUCCGACUCUGCGCGAUCGAUUCAUGCACUACUACAGAUGGUUUCUGCGCAACAUUUACCCGCACGUCAACGCGGCCUACUGCUUCGCCAUGCUGGCUUUUAACCUGGCCUACCUGUUCGACCGUACCAAAUACCACAACCCGCUCAUGUGGCUCAUCGGCACGAGAAUACGAAGGAUGACCAUGGCCGACUACCAGGCCAUCGACAAGCUGUCCGAGCCGGCGAGUAAUGCCGCCAAGCCCGGUCCGCGAUCUCUGCUGUCGACACCUAAGGAGCUGGCAUCUAGGGCCAUGUCAAGCCUCUCUCUGCUGCUACCUAUGAGUAUUUUCGCACUGAAAUUCCUCGAGUGGUGGUACCAGUCAGAUUUUGCGAAGCAACUGUCACGAAAGGCAGCUGAGAGCAUCGAGUUGCCUCCUCCUAUUGUAUCCGGCAAGGGUUCAUUCGGCAAGAAGAAGAAGGAGGAGGGCAAGGAGGAAGAGGAGGAAUCAAAAGAGGUGGCCAUUACGGAAAAGGAGGCGCCGAUUGCAACGCCGUCCAUGCUCCCCAUCUUUGUUGUUCGGUUCCCAGAAGACUCUUCCCUGUGCCCUAUUUGUGUGGACGAGAUCGUCACCCCAACGGUUUGCCAGACGGGUGUUGUCUACUGUUAUACAUGCAUCCACCGAUGGAUUGAGGGCAUGCAUCCUAAACAGGAGGAGUUCAUGGAAGACCGCGAGGGCAAGUGGGAGAGUGGCCAGGGCCGAUGCGCCGUUACCGGAAAACGUGUCCUUGGUGGCACAGAAGGCCUGAGGAGAAUCAUUGUAUAAAGGAGCCUCCGUGAUAACACAUAGAAAUUCAUUGGAGGAUACUUGAGAGUAUCUUAUAUAUAUAUAAGAGGUGGAUAUUAUAACAUUGCAGCCAGGGUUUAAUUCGGCAUGUACGAUUAGGAACAUGUACAUCAAAAGAUCUAAGCAAGUGGGAAGCAACUGUAGAUAGAGGCAUAUCAUGGGGCGUUACUUGGGCGAAAUACCCGACCUGAAAAUAGACUUACUAAAUGCGCGUUUGUUUCAAUUAAAACUUUUCAAUGACACGCGUCAAAAGCUUGG